AUGGCCGCGCGACGAGUACCGCCGUGUCCGCCGCCACCGCGGUCCCCAACAAGCCAAGGACCAGCUGUAUUGGACCCAGAGAAGACUCCUUCGCACCCCAAGGUUGCCCUCCAGCAGCCCUCACAUAAGAAAGCUUCCUUGAAGUCUACAAAGCUCUUCCGCCAUUUCCGCUCUGUUUUCAGGUCAUUUCCUAUCAUUUCUCCGGCUUGUAAAAUACCGGUGCUUCUCCACAACUCCAGGCUCAACGACGUCCACAUUCAUGGAGGGACGCGCAUGACCGGUACCCUAUUCGGGCACCGCAAGGGGAGGGUUUCUCUGGCCAUACAAGAAAGCCCUAGGUGCUUUCCCAUAUUUCUCCUCGAGAUGGCAAUUCCCACCAGCAAGCUCCUCCAAGAGUUAGGGCUAGGGCUGGUUAGAAUUGCGCUUGAAUGCGAGAAACGUCCAGAGGAGAAGAUCAAGCUCAUGGAUGAGCCCAUAUGGAAUUUGUAUUGCAAUGGGCGAAAAAUGGGAUAUGCUGUGAAGAGGGAGGCAAAUGCAGAGGAUUUGAAUGUAAUGCAGAUGCUCCAUGCAGUAUCAAUGGGUGCAGGUGUGCUCCCCAGUGAAGCCAUAGACCUACCUGAUGGGGAGCUUACCUAUAUGAGGGCUCACUUCCAACGGGUAAUCGGAUCGAAGGACUCAGAGACCUACUACAUGAUGAAUCCGGAUAGCAACACGGGGCCUGAGCUCAGCAUCUUCUUUGUGAGAAUAUGA